AUGCUAGGAAGAUUAUUUGAACUUCGAGACGAAGUGAUGCAGUUUUUGGAAAAUAACAAACAAACUGAAUUGUAUGUGGAAUUUAGAAAGCCAGGUGUUCGUGUUGCAUUGGCUUAUCUGUCAGAUAUUUUCGAAUCUUUAAACACAUUGAAUUUGAAAUUAAAAGGUGGAGAGUCAAACAUAAUUUUUCAUCGGGAUACCAUCAAAGCAUUUACUGAUAAGUUGCAACUAUGGAAACGUAAAAUUUUAGCCUGCAAUUAUUCCUGCUUUACCAGAUUGUUUGGAAUCCUGGAAGAAGCCCGAUUUCAAAACGAUUUUAAGGAUACUGAUACUAAGAGUAAAAUAUCAAACCAUUUGCAGCACCUCACUGAUGAAUUCGAACGAUACUUCCCUAACAGUUGUGAUGAUAAAAUUUAUUAUAGGUUAGCGACGGAUCCAUUUCACGUUGACGUGGAUGUGUUGCCAGACAGACUACAAGAGGAAGUCUUAGAAAUUGAAAAUGAUUCUGCAGCGAAGUAUGACUUUGAGAAGAUGGAUAAGCCUUUAUUUUGGGUGAAAUAUCUCACGGUGUAUCCCAGCUCAGCAGAACAAGCACUGAAACUGUAUUUGCCAUUUUCAAGCACUUAUUUGUGCGAAAGAGCAUUUUCAGCGGUAGUGGCGAUAAAAAAUAAGUUUAGAAGCAAACUCUGUAUUGCCAAUGAUUUACGUUGCACAGUUUCUACUAUUCAGCCAAGAAUUCAAAAUCUGGUAAAAAUAUGCAAGCUCAUCCUUCACAUUGAUUUAUUUGUUGGUUUCUUGCCAUAUGUGUGUGGAAAUAAUAUUUUAUAA